AUGGUCAUCAUGUGUUUCGGAAGCAGCAGCAAGGAGGACCCGGAGGCGAAGAAGAGCAAGGCGAUUGAGAAGCAGCUGCGCGAGGACCAGAAGCGGAUGGCGAAGGAAGUGAAACUGUUGCUACUUGGUGCCGGCGAGUCAGGAAAAUCGACGGUGCUCAAGCAGAUGCGAUUGAUCCACACCAAGGGCUUUUCGACACAAGAACGAAAACAAUGGAAGGUCACCAUCUUUCAGAACCUCCUGCACGCGUUCCAAGUCGUGUUUGGCGCCAUGGAGGAGCAGGAGGUAGAUUUUGCUGACAACGACAACAUCCGAUUCGCAGAGAUAGUCGCGGCCGACCCUGACAUCGGAGUGGACGAGCCCAUGCCACUUGACUGCCUCAACGCAUUCAGAAGUCUAUGGGAGGACCAGGGGGUCCAAGCUGCGAUCAAGAAAGGCAACGAAUACGCGCUACAUGACAACCUGACAUACUACUUUUCCGAAAUCGAAAGGCUGUUCGCCAAAGACUACCUGCCAACCGAUCAAGACAUCCUACGAGCACGAUUGCGGACGACCGGCAUCAGCGAAACCAUCUUCGAAACCGGCAACCUGACGUACCGCAUGUUCGAUGUUGGUGGACAAAGAUCAGAGCGGAAGAAGUGGAUUCACGUUUUCGACAACGUCCAAGUGGUACUUUUCUUGGUUGCAAUCAGCGGCUUUGACCAUGUCUUGGUCGAAGACCGCAAUGGCAACCAAAUGCACGAAGCAUUGAUGCUAUUUGAGAGCAUCGCCAACUCGAAGUAUUUCGAGAAGUCCGCUCUCAUCCUCUUUCUGAACAAGAUCGACCUCUUCAACGAGAAGGUCGAGACUGGCGCAGCACGAAUCGCGGAUCACUUUCCCGACUACACAGGCAACGACAGGGACACCGAGGCAGGCGCUCAGUUCUUCGCAAAGAAGUUCCGCAACCUUGUACGAGAUCCUGACAAGGAUGCCUACGUGCACUUCACCAACGCUACCGACACGAAUCUGCUGGAUAAGACGAUGAAGAGUGUGCAGGACAUGAUUGUGCAGCGGAACUUGCAUAACCUGAUGCUGUAA